UAUAUUACUUUACAUACGGCAUGAUGUAGUCAGCAUAUUUAUGUUAAUUUCUAAUUUUUUAUUAUGAAAGUGUGAAAUUCAAGUGUUUGUGUUGGAUUAGUGUGCAGCUGUUAAAAUAUGUACACAUACGGCGCUGGCUCAUCCUCAGACCGGCCUUACCAUGGGUUUCCCUACCUGAACUCCGUGGUGAACGAUGUGCCCACCAUUGAUGCAGAGACAUCAGCUCGAUGGAACAAGCUACCAAGGAGAGCUGAUGUCCUGUCCGGGGGAGAGACACAGCCUGGAGGGAGCGAUGGGAGUGGACAGACAAACACAGUCGAGGGAGAGGAGACACCAGAACCUACCUCAGAGGAACUGGCGAAGGUAGACUAUGACGCGAAUCCGGUGGUCUACAUCGAUGUUCCUGAGAGCAGCGGGAGUCAGGUGACUGAACAGAGAAGGCCACCGGUGGAAGAAUCUUUUGUGCAGCAAACCAUCUUCUACGACCAGUUCAAGGAUCAGGUGGUGACAGUGCCAGAGCCUGGCAGCAGCUCCAGUAGCACUUCUAGUGGAAGCACCAGUCGACCUGUCAGAAGAGCACCACCUAUCACUUUGAACCUUGGCUCUCCUGAGAGUGGAUUUUCCUCACAAGGAAACACUCCAGGAGCGCCGGCCAUCAUGGCCAAAGAAGUAGGCAUAUACGGGAGAUACCAGACUGACUCGCUCUACGGGCAGGCAAGGCCUGAAGUCCGGGAGUUUCCGAAUCCUCCUCCAGCGUAUACGGAGAUUGAUACACUGUCUGCUUCGACGCCUUCUGCUGCCACAACUACGCAGACGCCUCCAACUAGUAGUCCAGUUUCAACGGCAGAGGAGGCCCCGGAACAGCCAAGGACUCAAGUGAUUGUGCCUCUUGCACAAGAGACGAAAAAUCCUACUAUGGUAUACUGCAAGCACUGUGACGUCACUGCUCCAAGCUUCAGCAUCAUGCAGGUCGGCUUCGCUACUCAUAUGCUGGCACUUACGUUAAUUUUGUUCGCACUAUUCCCUUUGCUGAUUCUCCUGUACUGCUUCGAUUAUUUCCGAUAUAGAAACCAUUACUGCAAAUUCUGCAACAAACUGGUGGCGUAUGAAAUACCCUUCCUGUGCAAAGGAUUAACGUACAACGAUUGAUAUCAUGGAGUCUGUCAAAUUGACAGCGCGGGAAAAAUAAAGUUUUCUGAUUCUGCCAGUAGAGGCGCCACCAGCGUAUAUGUGGUCUUUGUGAUAGUGUGAGAGACAAUUAAAUGUUAUAAUUUGAGACUAAAUGAUAGUUUACUGACUAUUAUUUAGCUAACACCACAUCAGGCUAAAACCUAUGUAUGUCUUACGUAUUUGUCAUAAGUAAAUGACUUUUAAUUGAAAAACAGGCUGACAAAAGUGGAUGUUUUUUGUGUUACUUCUUUCUUCUCAGCACUGACCCAUAAUUAUUGUAACAAAACAGUAGUAGGAUUAUUAUUUUAUAAGUUUUUGGAACGUGUAAAUGUCAAUUAAAAAGGAUAGAAUAAUUUGUAUGUUUUUUUAGAUUAGGAAAAGGAGCCAUACCAUAGGGCGGCUGAAAUGAUAAUGGUGAUGAUUUUUUAGAAUUCAUUCGGGCCUUAUACAAUCUUUUACUACUGUUUGAAGGGCAGAAUAAUUGUAAUUACUUACAUGUU